UUACCGGAACGCCUAUUUAAAAUCUCUGAGUACGAAGCGGCCAUGUCUCGACGUCCUUCAGUUCAGUUAACCGACUGACAACUGACAAACCAGCUAAAAGAGAAAGUUACACAGUUGCUCCCUAGUGACUCAAUUGUUAUAAAGGAGUUACUCAUGGAUGACCAGGAUGUUCUUCGUGAACUGUGUUUUGGGUUGAAGUUUGAUUUCAAACGAUUCCCUGAAGAUGCCAAAAAAUUGAAAUUGGUGAAAUCUGAAAAGAUUGAUAACACAAACACUGCAAAAGAUUAUGCACCACAUCUAAAUUUUUUCAAAAAUAAAACUUCAGACCCAAAUAAGAAAACAACAAAUGGAAGAGGCAUUGAAACCUAUUCUAAUAAGCUGGGUGAUACACAUGAAGAAAAUAAUUUCCGAAAAUUGCACAAAAUUUUCAUAGAGGGUACUGAUGUGCCUGAUUUACUUGAAAAUUUUCAACAAUUAAUUUCGGUGUUCAACUUGAAUCAGGACAUGUUGGAGGCUAUUGAACAAAACAUGAAAUUCUCUAUUCCAACUCCUAUACAAAUGCAGGCUAUUACUGCGAUGUUGCAUAGAAGAGAAGUGCUUGCUUGCGCUCCAACUGGUUCAGGGAAAACCCUUGCCUUUCUGAUUCCUUUGAUUGCUCAUAUUAUGGGGAAAAGCGUUGGUGAUUGUAAUACAAGGGUUAAAAAAGGAAAGCGGACUUUGAAAGGAUUGGUCGUUUCUCCAACACGAGAACUCGCAACACAGACAUUGAAUGUUUGUAAGCAACUUAUAACCCCUAUCUCCAGUAAUGUAGACCAAUUAAUGAAAGUACAGAUUCUUGACAAAGCAACUAUGAAAAAAUUCCAAACUGCUGGUGCAAAACAUCGCGACAAAUAUGACAUACUGAUUUCGACACCAAACAGACUGGUUCAUCUAUUGACACAUGAUCCUCCCCUAAUUAGCUUGGAAAGUAUUGAAUGGUUGAUUGUUGAUGAAUCAGAUAAACUAUUCGAAGAAGGAAAUACAAGUGGCUUCAGAGAACAACUUGGAACAAUUUACAGUGCUUGUACUUCACCGAGAAUCCGUCGUGCUAUGUUUAGUGCUACCUUUGCAUUUGAUGUUCAACAAUGGUGCCAUCUGAAUAUGGACAGUGUUAUACAGAUUACUGUGGGAGGAAAGAACACUGCUGUAAAGUCGGUUGAUCAAAGAUUACUUUUUACUGGAAACGAACGAGGAAAAUUAAUAGCUUUAAGAGACUUGUUUCGACAAGGUUUCAAACCACCUGUACUGAUUUUUGUACAAUCGAAAGAACGAGCAAAGCAGUUGUUUGCUGAAUUAAUUUAUGAUGGUAUGAAUGUGGAUGCAAUACAUGCAGACCGGACUCAGCUGCAGAGAGAAAAUGCAGUCAAGGCUCUCCGGUCAGGCUCAACAUGGAUACUAAUAUGUACAGAAUUACUUGGAAGGGGCAUUGAUUUCAAAGGAGUUAAUCUUGUUGUAAAUUAUGACUUUCCUACUAGUGCAAUUAGCUAUAUCCAUCGUAUUGGUCGGACUGGGCGAGCAGGACGUAAAGGGGAAGCUGUAACGUUUUUCACUGAAAAUGACAAAAUAUUAUUGCGCUCUAUUGCCAAUGUUAUAAAAGAAGCCGGGUGUCCCAUACCCGAGUAUAUGCUCAAGAUGAAGAAAAUGGCAAAAGAUGAACGUAAAAAGAUGGCAAAGACCAAAAUUACCAGAGACACGAUUCGCACAACACCGAAAGAUAUUUUGAACAGAAAAAGGAAAAAUAAAGACUCCAAAACUGAAACAGACAAUAAAGAUACACCACAAGGCAAAGGCCCCAAGACCAAGAAAUUGAGGAAAAGUAGUAUACAACAUAAAUCAAAAGAAAAUCCAAAAAAGCUUUGAUAUGUCUUCAAAUUGGCUUUGCUCAUUUAACAAACGAGGACAAUUUAUCUGAGGGUGAGGUCUCUUCAGAGAAUUAUUUUACACAAAACGAUCCAGGAUUGAAACCCAAUGCACCAAGUGCAGUGUUCAGCUAUGAAACUAGCUUUUUGUCCUAGAGCGGUAUAUUUUCCCGCGUUGUGUGAGUAAUAAAACAGGGUACAGUAUAUUUAUUAUGAGAGAUCCAUUAAAUUACUAUCUCCGAAAUACUUAGUUCUAAAUUGGUUUAUGUCAUACCGGUAGUGAAACUUUAUUAAAACUCAAUAUGUUCAUUAGACAGUGUUACAAAUCUAAGAGCCGCUCAAAAUAAUUUCUUGAUAAACAUAGUGCUUUACUUGGAGACGAGUUGAACUUACAUACACACGACGUAAUUGUUCGUCUUGUGUGUGGAGAUGUGGUUUCUGACAAAGACUGCGAUGUUUCCUCUACUAAUCGAAAAUUUCAAUACUGUGCUCUGCACAUCACAGCAUUUUGUUAAACGAACUUACACAUUUGUACGUGAGAGGUGAAGCUAGAAAAAUUGGUGAAUGGCAAGCUACGUAUCUCAUAUAGAUCAGU